AUCUCAGUCCAACUGCUCGUCUCAGCUUACGGGAUUUACUUAUCAGCACAUCUAACGGUCUGCCUGCUGCUUUCACCAAUCCUCAACUAGUAUGUGCAACGGAAUAGCAACCCUGCCUACCACCUGCCUCAAAAGAGCAAAAGACCUGAAAGCCAGGCUGGCCAGCUUCUUGCAAAAACCUGACUGGAGUCUAGCAAGCUGCAAAAUAGGCAAAACUACACCUAGUCUGGAAGAAUGCAUGAGGUGGAAAGAGUCUUUGGAAAAGCUUCUGUCUAAUAAACAUGGACUGAUGACCUUUACUGCUUUCCUGAUGUCAGAGUUUAGUGAGGAGAACAUUGCCUUCUACUUCGCCUGUGAGGACUUCAGGAGCACUAAGUCUGCUGCCAAGCUGCCCACCAAAGCUCAGAAAAUCUACGAUGAGUUUAUCUGCACGGACGCACCACGAGAGGUGAACAUUGACCAUGAGACUCGUGACAUCACCAGGGCCAACCUGAGCAAUCCAUCUAGAUCCUGCUUUGACAUGGCCCAGCAUAAGAUCUACCUUCUCAUGGCGAAGGACUGCUACCCACGCUUCCUCCGUUCCCCGGCUUACAAGGACCUUCUCAGCCAGCUCCGCGCCAAGUGCACGUCCACCACAAAGAAGGCGUGAAACAGCGAGGGCCAAGUGUGGUCAUCAGGAGUUUUAACAGCAAAGGAACGCAUUGCUGUUGAGCGUUGAGCGGCGGAUGUCUCGUCGUGAAGAGACAUGGGAGGGGGACGGGUUCUGGUGCCAGCUGCUUUGAAAGCCAGGGAGUGUGAAUCACCAUUGAACUCUGAUCAAGGAAAAGGCAAAGAGAAGAUACAGCCCAAGUGACGCCCUGUCACGGAUGGACGCUCAGACUGUGAUGGCAAUAGAGCUGUGUUGGCAAAAUAAACACAUGAGGUAGACACUCAUUUGUGAAUGAACAGGGCCACUGAGAGUGCUGAAUAAAGCGUGUAAAGGAUGCAUUGACAAUGACUUGGAAUUCAACAAUCUGAAGACACACUGUUAGUGUCCCUGUCUACUGCAUUGAUAUCUAACACUGUGUUCAUAGCUAGGCCUGUUUUGUCAUGCAUAUUAUUAUUUAUUCUAUUUAUUGUUUUCUACCUUGUCCUGUUAUCUUUUUGUGUCAAAUAUUGUGUUUGACAACACUCAAAGGAGAGAAAACAAACUGUGCAAUAUAUUUCUACUGUGGUCUAAUUGUUACUUUUGUCUGAUUCUGUUGUCAUUUUAUACAUUCCAUAAAUCAUAAUAUAUUUAUUAAAAAUAUAUAUAUUUGAAUAUUGA